AGGAAAGGGAGAAGGAAAACCCCGCGCGCACUUUCCCUUCCAAUGUUCCCCAUCUGCCGCGCACUGGAAAAGCCUUUCCUCCCCCCAGACCCCACCGGGCAAGACCGGGCACGGUAAUUUGUGCUCUCCGCAGGGCAUCGGGGAAGCACCUCUGCGGGCAGCCCCGCUCAGCCCCCGCGCUUCCCUGCGCUCCCCCCGGGGUCCCUCCGCCGCGGCGGCUGCGGGAGCCGCGGUGCCCCCGCCUCCGCUCCGCGCUCCGGAGGAUGCUCCGGAGGAUGCUCCGGAGGAUGCGGCGCAGCGGGCAUUUGGUGCAUCGCUGCCCGGAGGGGGUCGGACAGGGUGGGCUGGGGGGUCACUCACCUCCCUGCAAGGUGACCCGCGGCGCGGUGCUCCCGCUGGCGCGGCCGGAGGGCGGCUCAGCGCCCCGGCGCUCCGCCCGGCAGCAUCCCCGCGGCGGGGGCGGCGGCGGGGACCGGGCCCGGGGCUGCUCAGCGCCAGCCGAGAAGGGGCUGCGCCGCCUGCACCGCCUCGGCGGCACUGUGGGCUCGGGAGGAGGAGGAGGAAAAGGAGGAGGGAGGGAGGGAGAGAGAGGCAGGCGGAGGGAGAGAGGCAGGAGAACGAGCCCUGCGCGGCAGCGCGGCCAACUUUCCUUCUGCAGCGCAGCAGGAACAGCCUCCCAUCCCUCGGUGUGUAACCCCCGCCCCGGGUCAGAUUUCUUCAGAGCUUUUUAUUUCCUAAAGGAAAAUAAAAAUCACCUCAGUGACAGCACAGGCUUGAUGUGGAGAGGCUUCAGAGGAGCCUCGGGUCUAGCUGAGAUGCUGCCCAUGGACAUCAGAGGUAAAGGCAUCACUCCAGGAAUUAAUGUGGCCCCUGACCAGACUGUAGGAUGCUGGCACCAGCCCACUCCAGGCUGGGAAAUGGUUUCCACUGGGACACUGAGAGCUGUAGCUUCCAGCUGACCCCAGAUUUGGGCCCAGCAAGAAAUGCAGGGCCUCAGAGAAGCAGCAACUAGAGCACUGUAACCAGAAUCUCAGCAGUUCGUCAGAGCUACAGACUUGUCCUCACUGCUGGGUGAAGUUGAGCUGGAAGCUGAGGCUGAGAGCCCAGCUGUUCUCUGGAGCUGGGACAGCCCUGGCCAAGGAAGGGAGGCUGUGCCAGAGCAGUUGCUUUGUCUCCCUCGCCCUUCCCACAGGUCCUGUGUCUGUCCCAGCACGGAUGCUGAGCAGGGGCCGGUGGAAACCCUCAGCAAAGCACUGAGCAGUUCAUGCUGUUGCCUGAUAGAUUUUAAGCUGUGCUUACUUGGCAGCCCCCUCAGGACCGGUUACAUAAGACUGGACGUGUUUGUUCCUAACGCGGCGCUGGGGCUGGUAAACCCCUCGUGUGCUGGGAACAGCUGAAGAGCCUGCAUUUAAACCUGGAGCUGCAGCACUGCUUGGCUCACACUGCCAGCUCUGACCUCCACUCCCAGGGCCCAUGGUGGGACAGCAGGGUCCCUGUCCCCAGCAGUGAGACACUGUGGUGAGCAGUGGCCAAGUCUCAACUGCUCAGCUGAAGUGAAAAAAAUCAUAUUUUAGGAUUGGCUUUUCGCAUAUAUUAAAAUGAAUAUUCUAUGUGUAAUGUUAAAAAGUUAUGCUGUAUUAAUUCUCUUAAGUAGUGUGUUAAAUAUAGUCUUAGGUAACAACCUAAUGUUAAAAUAGACUCUCUGCGAUGCAGGAUUUUUUUACUAGCUCAAGCAAGGGAUAAGAUAAUCAAGAAACUCUUCACACAGGUAACAGCGACAGGACAAGGACUGCCUCCUUAUCGGAAAAGGCAAACAUUCUUCUACUUUCUCUCCAUCUUUAUGGAACCACCAGGAUUAAGGGGAAGAAGCUGACAAAAAACAGAGACAUUCUUAAUUUGCAAGGAAUUUAUGCAUCAUGUAUGAGAUAUAUGAAUAUGCAACAGGCUAUUGCUUUUAAGGUUUUUCCUUUGUUCACAAGGCAUGCUUGUUGUGGCUUAAGUGCCCGAGAACAUCCGGAUGUCCAUAAGUCUUUGCUUUUUAUUGCCUUGUAAUUGUCCUAACUCUAAAUUUUUAUUACUCUAAUUGUAUUAUUAUUUUUAUAACCAUUUUGUUAUUAUUAAACUUUUAAAAUUUUAAUAACCAAGUGAUUGGUGUUUUUCAGAGUUGCCAUCUUUCCCCCACGAGGGUGGCUCGAGCAAGGGACAUCUGUGUGUCCAUACUUGUGUUUGUGGCCUCUCAAUGUCCUCUUGGGUGUUUCCCCACUUCAGGGAGCUGGUGCUUGCUUGCUUUUCAAGUGGCAAGUACUCCAUCCACUAGGACUGGGUAAGAAAAAGCAUUGCAGACUCCUCUUGGGAUUUGUCCUAGGUUGCAAAUUAAAAUGUAUUCUAUUUGCCAUCUGUUAGAGGUGUGGCAGUUAUCUUCUGUUCAUUGGGCAGUUUUCUUUAUCUCUCCCACAAACCAGUCCUCCCCCUGAGGAGAUAUCUGCUGUUAAUGGCCUAUUGAAUGUCACUGCAUGGCUGAUAAAAGUUACAGCAUCCCAUUGUGAGAUGCUCCGCCCAGAGGGAGGAGCCAAGCAUUCCUAACUGGAUAGAAUCUGAGUUUUUGGGACACCAGACUCAGCCUUUCAUCUGGAUUCCCAGAGGAGCAGCUGGGGUUUUCUAUUGGAUCUUCAGAGGAAGACUACACCCUUCUACAGGAUCACUGUUCUGAUAGAAGCACAUCUGCCACUCCAGGAGGACGGCAGCCAUUCCAAUCUGGACUGUUGCCAACACGCUGACCAACAGGGUGUCAGGUUGUAUUCUGACUCUGCCAGUGUUUUUUCUUUUGUAUUAUUGCAUGUAUUUUGUUUGGUUGUUUUUUUUUUUUCCCUUUUCCUAAUAAAUUGUAUUUC